AUGGCAGGGUGGUGUCAGCAGCAGCAGCAGUGUGUGUCCUCAUGGCUGGGGCUGGUUCUCCUGAGACUCACCCUGGCUCUCUGCCUCCUCUACCCGUCCUCGGAUGCUCUUCCAUGGGAUACACAGGCCAGUGGCUCCCCUGUGGAGGACUAUGAGGUGGUAAGUGGGACCUUCUCUCGGCCGGUGCUCAGUGUGGGCUACCAUAAGAUACUGGAGAUACCGGCUGGAGCCACUAACAUCAGGAUACAGGAGUCUGUCAAGACCAGGAACUAUCUGGCACUGCGGACUCGGAGUGGUGUCUCCAUCGUCAACGGCAACUGGGCGAUCGACCGCCCGGGCCUGAUCGUUGCCGUGGGAACCCGGCUGACAUACCGGCGACCCAACGAGAUCCGCUCCAGAACCGGAGAGUCCAUCACCGCACCGGGACCCACCAACGAGGAGUUACAUCUAUACUUGAUCUAUCAGCAGCCUGGUCCCAGUGUGUUUUAUGAGUACAGCCUUCCUCUCCAUGACACACACCCCGCCAUACUGCCCCUGGUUGAGACUGUUGGCCCCACCUACUCAGGAAGCAAUGAUGUCACCAGUGGAAUGGGCAUGGCCAUCAAUGAUGUCAGCGGUGGGAAGGGCCAUCCCAACCAGGUGCCCUCUGACCCCGUGGUGAACCCUGACCUCUUGGCUCCUCCUCACGGCUGGAUCAGCAGCGGCCACACAGCCUGCAGCGCCUCCUGUGGUGGGGGUAGACGCCAGGCGCUGUGGGAGUGUGUGGAGACUGAGAGCCAGACCACGGUACCAGGUGACCUCUGUAGCCACGCCCAGCGACCCCCAAACCAGGAAGUGGUCUGCAACACCCAGCCCUGCCCCGCCUUCUGGGACCUGGGGGAGUGGUCAGAAUGCAGCAGAACCUGCGGUCCGGGGUCCCAGCACCGCCAGGUCAUCUGUCGUCAGGCGCUCGGUAACCAUAGCAAUGGGACGGCAACAGUGGUCACCGUGGAGACGGCGCAGUGCAGAGGUUAUGAUAGGUCGGAGACGACAUCGUCCUGUCAGCUGAAGAUCUGCAGCGAGUGGCAGAUACGCUCCGAAUGGAGCCCGUGUUCAGUCCCGUGUGGUGUGGGCCAAAGCAGCAGAGAGGUGGUGUGUGUAGGUAACCAGGGGGACGUAGAGGCGGACGACCAGUGUAACCUGGGGGUGAAACCAGCUCCUCUCCAGAACUGUGACAUGGGACCCUGCGCACGACACUGGUUCACCUCACCAUGGAGCACACGGUGUUCUACAGAGUGUGGCGAGGGCAGUCGUAGUCGCUCAGCAGUGUGUCUGUUGGACCAUGUGACUAAACUACCAUUGGACGGCUGCGACGGGGCCCGCCCACAGGAAGUGACGUCAUGCGACGCAGGGCCGUGUCACCGCCGCCUGGAGUGGUACACUGGACCCUGGGGACAGUGUUCGGCGGAAUGCGGAAACGGAACCCAGACCAGGGGCGUGGCCUGUCUACUCCAUGACAACGGUCGCCUGGGAGGCUGUGACCAAUCAAACUUCUCCCACCUGGAUCGACCAAUAGCUCUCAGAGCUGCCACCUGA